AUGAGUAUUCAGAAUAAUGUUCUCGGCCCAUUGCCUGCACAAUCAGGAUCAGAUAUAUAUGGAGCAUUCAAAAACUUUGACGUGCUUAAAACACUUGGAAAUGGCCAUUUUUCUGUUGUUUAUUCUGCCCGGAAUCGCUUUACAGGUGUUUACGUUGCAUUAAAAAAGGUUCAAUUAAGUCGAAUGACCGAUUCAAAAGCAAUUGACGAUUGUAAACGUGAAAUUAGUUUACUUCAACAAUUAAAUCAUCACAAUGUCAUCAAAUAUAUUUCACAUUUUGUUGAAGAAAAUGAUUUGUACAUCGUUUUGGAAUUAGCAAGUGCAGGUGAUUUAGCUAAAAUGAUAAAACACUUUCAUCGAUCAAAUAAAUUAAUGCCUGAAAAAACAAUAUGGAAAUUUUUUACUCAAAUCUGUAGUGGCCUUGAACAUAUGCAUUCAAAAAGAAUUAUGCAUAGAGAUAUUAAACCAGCAAAUAUUUUUGUAAGUGCUGAAGGAGUUGUUCGACUUGGUGACCUUGGAUUAGGCCGUUUUUUUGGUUCGAAAACGACAUCAGCACAUUCAAUGGUUGGCACACCAUAUUACAUGUCACCUGAACGCAUUCAUGAGCAUGAUCUUGGUUAUGACUUUCGAUCUGAUAUUUGGUCUCUGGGUUGUAUUUUAUACGAGAUGGCAGCACUUCGUUCGCCUUUUUUUGGAGAAAAUUUGAAUCUAAUAUCAUUACGUCAAAAAAUUGAAGCACUUGAUUAUACACCACUACCGACUAAUUUUUAUUCGUCUGAAUUACGUCUCCUCAUAUCAAAAUGUCUUGUAUUAGAUCCUGAAAAGCGACCAGAUAUUGUCGAAGUUAAUCGUAUUGCUCAGAUGAUGUAUGGAAGAUUUUCAAAUUCACAUAAUAAUAAUACGCCAACACCAACACCAUCAUCUCGCAAUGGUUCAGCUUGUGGAAAUGUUACACCGGUUAAUAAUCGAUGA